GACGCCAAAGAUUUUGCAACUCUAUGCAGAAGAAUCAGACCCCGCAGCUCUCUUUAGAAGACCUACUUAUUCGUACUAGCAUCACCUCGUUUGCUUCUAUCUAGUCGGCUUGACGAUCUCGAGAGUAGGAGUUGAAAUCGCAGUAGGAGAUCUUCGACGAUAAUAUCGUAGAUUCGGUAGUGGUCGACAAACAAGUCAAAAUGUGAUGAAGUAUUAAAUUGCACGAGUCUUGUAGUGUUUUUGUCAAAACCUCUUCUUGUUUUUUCCUCGAACUGGUUGGACUGGAACUGCUCCUGCAGAGAAGGGAGUGGAACUGGUCGAAGUGGUGUGGAAAAUACAUGCGUCGACGAGGUAUAGUACGAAUACAGCUUCUGUAACUUCUACAUCAACAGUUACCUCACCGUCCUCGGGUAUCAUUCUCAUUUCUGCUAGCACUGCAACAGCUGUUGCAGCUCCCACGCCAGCAAUUCCGACAGGACCCCCGAAAGCAGCUGUGCGAGGACCAGCGGCUGGUGAGCAACGUCCUGUCUCAACAAUAAGCGACCACUACUCGUCAGGAGUGUCAGGGACCUCUUCUACCUCACCACGACAAAACCCCUUGGCUCAAGAGCAAUGAGUAGCCCCACGGUCGAUGGUGCAGGUACUCAAGAUGGUUUUGUGAGUUUUGGCCUUCCGAGUUACUUCUACUCAUCUCGCAUGCAUGUGGGUUCUUUCUUUCAGUUCCAGACGCAAGCGCGCCAUGAUUUCCUUUUCUUAGCCACAGAAAUAUGGCGAGAAGCUUUUGUGCAAAACGCAUGGACUUCUACUAGUCUCGACAUUCAUUCCUCAUUCUUCACCGAAAACGCAACACAGAUCCAGAGGGGGAGGGGCCUCGAUGCUCCCCGGUACAGAAUAUCAAAUGCAAAUACGUUUGGGUCUGGAGGAAGAGGCGACUUGCCAUGCAAAACUUGCAUGACCCAGAGCGUCUGGCAUGCGCAUGCCGGGCCAACAGCAUGACCGAUUCUGUGAGUGUGAGACUGAUAUCUCUAUUGUGCCUCUCCUGCAUGAGAGGCUGCCUCUGUGCCUGGUCAGAAGUGGACAACUUUUGGCAAUCGGGCAGCAACACAGAUUUUUGGAAGAUGCAGCCGCAGUUGUAUGACAAGUUGCAUCUGUUCUAGACCCAGAGGACAUAUUUGCAAUGCAUACAAAAACGUCGCAAGUCUUCGAUGGAAGAGGAAAACGAAGAAGUGGCGCCGGUUCCGCGACCCGCCGCUUCCGCUCCUUCCGCGACCUGCAAAACAGCGCUACGCCUACAUCCGGCCGAGGCCGUGGACCAGUUCGGGUCGUCUACUCUGCCAGCUGCCCGCGCUUUUGAAUUACAGCUCCGUCGUUGGUACGAACUGCAAAAGUAUCGUACUAGUAGUACUUGCAAUACAAAUUAGCUCAGCGUCACAAAUGGAAUUUGUCAUGCUCUUUUACCUUGGGAUGGCGAUGGAGAUUUGUAAUGCAUGACUGCGAUUACUACGAGUGCGAUGCUUUUGCACAGCAUAGUUGGGUAGAGGAGUUGAGGGUGGAGACGCUGCGCUCGUGGAAUUCGAUCAAGGCCGCAAACGCGGAGGCAAAGUGGGACUGGAACCUCGACAUCAUGCUCGUCAUGCUGCAAGUCAGCAACUCCCGCGGAGAGGUGUGCGACCUCCUCACGUGGCCAGAAGGAGAAAACCCCAUGCCCGGGGACCCGCCGGCGGAGCCUAAGAAGGUUCCGCUGUUGGACGUGAAGAAGAUUCAGGACCUGGCGUCAGACUAUCGCUUCCACCCAGAAAAUCCUGACUGCCCGCGUCUCGAACUAUCCUGUGCAAAAGUAUCGCAUUCGUAGUCAUUGCAAUUAUGCAUUACAAAUCUCCAUCCCAAGGUAAUUUAGCAUGACGAAUUUCAUUUGUCUUGCUUAGGUAAUUUGUAAUGCAAUUCAUACUAGAACUAGUACGAUGCUUUUACUUUUGCAAUGCAUACGGACGAUUGCAGAACAACCCGGACCUCGUGAAGGACGCGGCGCCGGAAGAAAUGAUAAAGCAGAAGCUCACGUACUACUUGGAACGAGCCGGCAAGAACUUCUUGCGACUAGCCGGCCAGACCACCGUUAUCGCGGUCCUCCGACACCGGCACGGCUCCGUGAAGCACGUGGCAAAACUGCUGGUCCCGGAAAGCGAAGCGGCAACAUUUACCUUUGUGCACUCGGGCGCAUCAUCCCCGGCGUUGUCGGAGACGUACCCACUGUCCUCGUCGGUGCCCGAGAUAACGUUCUUCGCGAGCACAAUGGUAUCAAGUGCAAAAGUGUCUGGGUCUGGAAGAAUGCAUGUUUGUCAUGCUUGUCUGGCAUGACUCUUGAAUCUGUCACGCACGUUGCCCAAGAGCUUUAUUUUUCUGGCAUGCAGAAACGCAGUUCGUCAUGGACAAUAGGCAACACCUAGAAGCUCACAAACUUGUCAUGCUGGGCCAGCACUUGCGGCCUCAUCAUGAUACGCCACCCAGCAUCACAAGUUUCCAGACUCAGACACUUCUGCAUUUGAUAAACGGCGCAGCUCUACAACAUCAUCGCGGAACCGGACCACGAGGCCGCUGCAGAUUUAGUACAGCAGGUGGCGCAGCUCACAACCCGCAACGAACAGCAGGAAGCCGGUAUGGCAAUGAGGAUCUCCCCGCCCCAUACUCAAAACGAGGGCCAGAAGCUGUGGUGUUGA